AUGUCGUUUGUGUCAGACGUCGGCGCUGAAAAGUUAACACUGAUGAAAAAACUUAAAAACCUAAUAAAGACAUUUAUAGAUGUAUCAGAAAUGAAAAAAUCGUCGCAUAAAACGAAUACCAUGGAAAAUCUAACCAGUAUCUACGACAUCACCGUUAUGGAUUUGUAUAGUAAAGAUGUUCAUCUAAGUAAAUACAAGUAAGCGUGUCCCUUGGAAAUAUAUAGGUAUAUACUUAUACGCAAUGUCGUUUUGUCCGCAUAAUAAUUGAUUUUCGAUUAAAAGACAAUUAAUAAUUUAAAUUUUCACCUUCAUGUGAACAAUGAAUACAUUGUUUUCAUCAAAUUGUGUUUAAAAUAAUUGAUUUAAACUACAUAAAAUACGGUUAUUUUUAAAAAAUGCUUAAAAAUUAAAAUUCUUCAUGAAUACAGAAUUUAUUUAUAAAAUAAAUGAUUGCUUUAAAAAAUCAUUUUUCAGAUUCUGAGAUGGAUGUAUUAAAAUGAUUUAAAAUGGUUUUACAAUGAUAUUUAUUUAAUUUUUUUUCUGCGUACAACUUUUCUAUCAGCAAUUUUGCUUCGAUUUAAAAUGAUAGCACUUUUUUUGAAAGGAAAUCGGACUGGAGAGAUACUUUAGGGACGCCAUUUUUUGAUUUUUCCAGUCAUUUUCCGAACAAAUGGGAAAACUCGGAAAAACGGAAGAAUAACGGGAAAAUGUAUGGUAAAAUAUUAUGGUCUUUUAUUACUAUGGACAACUUUACAACCAUUAAUUUUGCUCCGAUUUACAAUGACAGCGGUUUUUCUAAAAGAAAAUCUGACAAGGGAAGUAUUUUAGGGAAGUCAUUUUUUGACUUUCCCAGAAGUUUUCCCAACAAGUGGGAAAAACCGAGAAAAAAGAGAAAAUAGGUACAAUAUUAAAAAAAAAAUACUUUGCAUGAUAGAUGGACUACUGUAGAUGAAAACUUGGGAAGGUAGGAUAUCGAGGGGAAUUUAAUGUAUAUCUAUAAGCAAAAAUAAAUCAUUGCUAACGAAAAACAAUUCGGAGUGGAGCCGGUUAAUAGUAUUGUUUUUUCAACAAUAUAUAUUUUAUGUAAUAUUAUCUAUAUAUAAAAAUGAAUCCAUAUUUCUCUUGGUCAUCGCAUCACGCGAGAACGGCUUAAUCGAUUUUAACGCAAUUUUUUGCAAAAUGUUCCGUAUCCUGAGAAGGUUUAAAGCUAUUAAAAUUCAUCCCCUAUUUUUUGGGGGGUUUGUUCAUAGCAAUUAGUUCACCGUAGUUUGGUUCUUCAAAACUGGAUUUUAAGAAUAUAUAAUUUCGGUCUCUAAUUAUGAUAAUCGAAUUAUUAAUUUUGCAUAAAUAUAAAUUGUCGGCAAAUACAUACAUAAAUGUAAAAAAGUAACGCCGUAUCAUCUGCAAGUGACGACUAUAAUACAGUACACGCGCUCUCCCACUGCCGAGCUCCACUCCUACUUCUCGGUAGGUUAGGUUAGGCAUAAUUUCUUUUGAAAUCUCCUCCCCCCCGAAAUUCAAUGUUAAGAUAUUUUUAGUAUUAUAAUAGGGUGACCAUAUUUAAAAAAAUAAAAUACAGGACAAAAAUAUUAUCCAUAAUAUUUUUAAAUUAAUAAGUAUUUAUUAUAUUUUUUUUUUGUUGUUUAAACUAUUAAACGUUAAAAUUAAACACAUAAAAACAUUAUUUUGAAAAACAUAAAAUAAUAUAUAAUUAAAUUAAAUUNUACUUUACUUUUUAAAAAAAACUUGUUAAUUCAUUUUGAUGGCGAUUGUUCUGACAUUUCUUCACUAAUUGAUGUUUCAUAUUUUUCUGAAGAACUAAUUAAGUUUAACAAUUUGGGAUGUUCUAAAAGAAAUUUAUGAAAUUCAAUACACGACGUAUCUUUAAAAUGUUGUUUUACGAUAAACAUUGAUCUAAUGGUGUCCACAAGAAAUCGAUUUUUUUUUAUGUGUCCAUAAGACGUUUGCAAUUGAAAAUACCGAUUUAUAUAUAGUACAUAAAACCUUUCCAAUUUCAUUACUAUCUCUUAAAAAUGGAAAUUAAUUUUUUUAACUUGCAAGUAAAUGCACACCUUCGCUUAGGCAUUUUAAUUGAUUACUUUCAUAAAAAUUUACAAUAUUGUAUAUUACGAUUAACAACAAGUCGACGACACUCAAGAGUCAACGAUUGUUGGAACAUUACUAAUGAAAUAAAAACAUUUCAAAAUAUGUUUGAUUAUCGAUGACAUAAUGCUUGUCCACGACAUGGGGCUAUUAUUUGGUUAUUAUUAAUAUAUUUUUAUUUUACAAUACGCUCACAUUUGAUAACGAUCUGGUUUACGUCGCCGACAACAAUGUGAUGCAACAAUAAUAAUGGUAAAUCAAAAAUCCAAAAAUACAAUUGAAAAGUAUAGAUUCUUUUAUUAUUCUAUUCAAUAAUGUCAUUUCAAAAAUUUCAAAAAUUAUAAAUUAACAGUAAGACAAAAAACGGGAUUACCAUGGGACAGAUUUGAAAUUAUAGGACAAAAAGCGUCCUGAGAGAAGUUUGAUAGGACAACAGGACACAAAGCCGAAAUAAAUGACUAAAUCAGAUAUAAAUUAUCUUUCGACCAGAAAUCUUCUUGCCCGGUUCAUAUUACUUCACUUAUACCAAAAACAUCAAAUUUGAGCCUUUCCAUUUCUAGUUUAACAUUUCUUAGUUUACCGUAUGCUCCCAACGAUUCCAUGUCGCUAUUCUUAUCUUCCUUACUUUUGAAGAAUCCAGAAUUUGUAUUGGCCGUUUCCGCCCGGAGAUCCAAACGGGGGACUUUGUUACCUCUGAAAUUCUUUACCUCAAUAAACAUUUUAUUAGUAUCGUCCGAUAAUUGAAUGCAGUAGUUUCCUCUUGUUUUCUGUAUCGCAGUUGAUGAGUUAUUUUUGUAAGUUAUCCCCGUGGCUGCAGCCAUCAACAAGCCUUUCCAUUACCGUUAGAUCAUCUACGGAAAUCGCCAAUAGCGAUGUGACAGUAUGGCGCUUAUAUAAUAGAUAAUAUAUUAUCAAUUAUAUUCUUAUUAUCUAAUAAUAUUAUGACAUUAUUGUACAAUGUUCAUGAAGCUUUUUGUUUUAUUCGAUUAAAAAUAAUCAUGGAGACUUGACAUUUUCACAAAAUACUUAUAUUAGCUUAUCUCUCCUCUGAUUUUAAGUGGUUUUUUGAGUAUUCAAUGCUAAAUAGUUAAAUUCACAGUGAAAAUAGAUAUUUUUAUAUUCUUGUACUAUUAUUAUAGUUUGUAUUUCUCACUAACGAUUGAAAAGUGAAUCGGCCGAAAAGGAAAGGGUAUGAUUUUGAUUAAAAACGGUUAUGCCCAACUAUAAAUAUUAUAACAUUACCAAGAAUUGAUUUUCAUUUAUCAUUAUCAUUUAUUGAUUUCAGAGGAAAAGUAUUGCUCAUUGUAAAUUACGCGGAAACAACCUAUUUAGCUCAUGAUAACGUGGAAAAUCUAUCGAGACUGGCCUUAAAGUAUGGAUACCUAGGGUUUCAAGUGCUGAUGUUCCCCAGCAACACUUUCUAUGAUGUGAGACGGUUUAUAUUACAGAAUACAAACGAUGCUUUAUAACACGUACGACGGCCGUUUAUCGGUUAUGACUAGAGUGCGGAUUUAAAUGCUCUAAAAACAAGAAAAAUGCCUUAAAAAAGAUAUAAAAACUAUUUUAAACGUUGAAAAAAACUUGUUUUUAUUAGGUACAUCAAUUUACUAAACACAGCAGUACCAAUAGUGCAAUACGGCUACAUUAUAACUCGAUAAAUAGCAUAUGGUUUUCUUUAUUAUUGCAGCUGGCAUUGUAUUUAUCUGGUACAAUCGGUAAAUCUAUAAAACAUUUUAAAAAUAGAAAUUAAUUUUUUUUCUUAUAGGGGAUAAAUUGUAUCAAAUUUCCUGAUAACACUAUGAAGUUUGUAAAAAUAAGAAAAAAAUGUCUUAAAAACCUUAAAAUAUAUUUAAAAUGUCAAAAAAUGCAAAAUAAUAGUUUCAUAUUUAAAUUAUUUGAUAUAUAAAAUAUAUGUGCUUGGAAAUCAUUGCUUUAGGACAUUAAGAAAAAAAUGCAAUUUGCAUUAUAAUCUGCACCUUAGUUAUGACUAUAGAAAAUUCAUGUUUGUAGUAACAUAUUUUGUUUAUCAUAUAUUAGAAAAUAUAAAUAAGUGACACGGUGAAUUUGUUGGCAAUGACUAAAAUGAAAUGACUACGGGAAAGCGAUCAUGAUUUUUAUUAUAACGUUAUAAUACAUUAACAUUAAUCAUUAACCAAACAAUUUUACGCUCCGAAAUGUUAUACGAUAUUAGUCAUUGUCAUUAUCGAUAAUGGUCACAUGUUAUGGUCGCAAUACAAUAAAUUUCAAUAUUCAUUUCUAAAUGUCAUAAUAUGAUUUUUCAAUCGGUACCUCAAGUACUUGAUUUUAUUGAAAACGUAUUUGAUCAGCGUGAAUGCCAAAUAGGUACAUACGUAAUGUUUUUUCCGUCUAGUAAUUAAUACGUUAAUAUAUUUUUAUGCAGAAUUUCGGAGGAAAUAAUGCUGGUAUUAGAUUAAAAAGAGAGCAUCCUGAAUUCGAUGUAUUUUCUCAAGUUAAUGUUAAUGGUUAUCAUACACAUUUGCUAUAUAAAUAUCUCAAGAAUAAAUUGCCUGGCAGAGUUUGGAAAUCGGAGUAAGUUAUCUAAAAUUCUUAGGUAGCUUUGUGAAUAUUUCAUUAAAUAACAUGUGCAUUUAAUUCAUUUUAGAGAUAUUACAACUAGUUUCUUUAAAUUUUUGAUAGACAGGAAUGGGAAGCCCUAUCAACGUUUCAACUCACUUGAACUAUUUGAGGUAACUAAUAUAAUUAAUUAAAAUUAAAUUAUUUGUAAAUAUAUAUAUUUUUAGAUUCUGAGUGGAGCGAAGAAGCUUAUGGUUUUACAAAGAUGUUUACUUUUUUCUUUUAUCCGUACGCAACUUUUCUACCAGAAAUCUUUCUCCGAUUUACAAUGAUAUUACUUUUUCUGGAAGGAAAUUUGACUAGGGAGGUAUUUUAGGGAGGUCAUUUUUUGAUUUUCUCAGGAGUUUUCUCAAUACAUUGGAAGACCCUGAAAAAACGGGAAAACGGGAAAAUAGGUACAAUAUUAAACAAAUAUUAAUAAAGAAAAUAUAUAAUGCUUAUGUAAUUAUUUCACCAUAACAUGACAUAUUAUAUAUUGUUGACAAAGCAACAUUAUCAACUGAACUCCGUUUAGAAUCGUUCUUUCGUUAGCAAUGGUUUAUCGUUACUUACAGAUAUCCAUUAAAUUCCCGUCUGUAUCCAGCUUUCCAACUUCCCACCUACAAUAGUAGCUGCGCCCACGUGCAAAGUAUUUUUGUUUUUUUAUUUUAUUUUAGCAGCCCAUAGUCUGGUUGGCAACAACUAUCCAGUCUUCUUACGCUCCUGCCUUUAUUUUUAGCAUAUAAUAUAAUGUGCAUUAUAGGGAUAAUGUAGCUUAAGGGGCAUAUUAUUCUACUGUUUUUUCUUUUAACUAUUCCCUCAAUUAUUAUUGUUAGAAAGUAUUUGUGUUGGAGUACCUGUCUUCUCAUCCUGGCUCGGCUACUUUGUAAUGUUUUAUAGUACCUAAGCAUCUUGUUUCUCCAGCUUUUAGUAAAACUUCCUCGUUGCUUAUAAUAUGUUCUAUCUAACUCAUAUUUAAUAUUCAUCUACAGCACCAUAUUUCAAACACAAAUAUACUUCUUUCUUUUAUCUUUCCUAUUGUCCACGUUUCGCUUCCGUAUUGUAAAACGAUUCCAGAGAAAAGUUUUUAUUAGAUUUUCUAAACUUUUAGAUCAAUAUGUAUGUAUGAAAUACAGCUUUUCUUUUUAUAUAAUGCACAUUUGACCCGUCCAAUCCUGUUUUUAUUUCAGGCGUCGUUCAUAACCGCACACUUUUCAUAAGUCAUUUCCGCAUUUUUUAUUUUAUUUUUUUAUUGUUUAUUAUUAGGUAUUCUUAACCGUGCACUUUUGAUUAACAUUAAAAUUCGGCUGUCAUAUGAGUAAUAACACAUACAUUUAUCUAAAAUCAGAUUAUCGUUUACAGCCACACUACAGAAUCAAAAUCGCUAAUUUAUAAAAAUUAAACUUUCGAGGUGGUUUGUGUUUAUCAGUAGCUUAAAAAAAUAUUUUCAUAAUAAAAUAGUCACUAUUACCACUCCGAAAAUUGUUUUAAUAGAACUUUGAACUUGCACUUUUUUCUUAUUGAAAUCAUAUCAUUUAUAAGUACCAACAUUUUAAUUAAUACAAAUAAUAAUAAUAUUUUAAAUACUAAAAUAUUAAGUAAAAUUAGUUAUUAAUUAACAAUUAAUAACCAACAUUAUAAUGGUAUUUUAGCUAUAUUUAAAGUUAUGGAAUAUUUAUAUAUUAUAUUUUACCUGCGCAACCAAUUAUGAUAAACAAUUCGAUGACGAAACAGGCGGAUAUGUAAACAAUAGACAAAAUAUGUACGGUAUUCAACGACGUAAAAUAUGCUUUAUUAAUAAAAAAAUGUUUGCGGAAUUGAAUUGACGACCUUUUUAUGAGAGUUUGUGGUUAUUCUCAUGAGUCAUAAUGUAAUAUUUUCAUUUACAUUUUCUUCUUUGUACCUGGAGUUUCUCCAAGUAAUUUGUCCAACUUUUGGCUACUUCCUGAACGUAAACAAUUUUUCUGUUCAUUCUUUAAUACUGUGUACGUAUUGAGGUUUCUUUUAUUGAAAAUAAAUAUGAUUUUCACCAUACUGUAUACUUUAACCAUCACUUCUUUAGAUGUUCAUUUAUAUCAUUCCAUACUUUAAUGAUUAUAUAUUAAUUUUUAAUAAGUACGAUAGUCAUUGUCAUUUCGUAGCACUGUAAUAGUUCAACAACUUGAAAUCGUUUAUUUGUAAUUAAUAACAAAUGAAUACGUGACGAUUUAUUUAUUAAUAUUACAUAUUUCCAUCCUAAUUUCUUAAAAUAAAAAUUUAAAAAAUAUAGUUUGCCAACAAUUGUUUACAUAAACUUAAACCUAUCCGAAUAAUAAUUAGAUAAGUCUAAUUAAAUCCGUCAUAUUAUUCCGAUGAAUGAUUGAAUGUACUAUAGAUAAAUAAUAAUUAAUUGUUUUGAUUUUUAUUGUUAAAGAGCAUAGAAGAAGCGAUGAAGGAAGUUUUGAUUAAGGAUUUCAGAUUUAAACUAUAA